CUCUCCGGGUGAUUGGAGGAAACAUCACCGAGGUGCAAGGAGAGACUGUUGUCUUACCAUGCAAACUUAUUGACACCACGGAAACCCUUACUCAGAUUUCAUGGCAAAGGAUGACCAGAGGAAAACCCCAGAAUGACAAUUUCUAUACUAUCACAUCCCAAAAUGGACCACAGUUUGUCAAUGGACGCGAUGAUCGAUUUCAAUUCAUUGGAAACUUUAGUGAUAAAAAUGGAUCUAUCCAGUUAUCGAAUGUCACAUUGCUGGAUGAGGGUGUCUACACGUGCAUCUUCACUUUGUUCCCCAGUGGAAAUCAUGAAACCAAGAUACCUUUAAACCUGCUUGUCCCUCCGGUCACAUCUCUCAGCCAUAAUCAUGCUGUUUUGGGUAAUGAAGAGGUUUCCCUUGCUACCUGCACGGCUGCUGGUUCCAGGCCUCCUGCAGAGGUGAGGUGGCUCACUGGUACUCUGGCAGAAAAAGUGAGAGCAACGGACAGCUCCACCCAACAUUCCAACGGUACAACCACCACAGUCAGCUCACUGUUUGGAGUUCCUACAAAAGAAAUCAACCAACAUGUGGUCCAGUGUGUCGUCACCAAUCCAGCCCUGUCGAAAGAGGAAACAAUGUCCUUCACCAUACAGGUCUACUUUUCACCCAUGGGAGUGUACAUUGGAGAAAAAUCUAAAGAUUCAUUUCGGUGUGUGACUGAAGCCAACCCGAGUGCAAAUUUUACCUGGAGAAGACCUGGCCAUUCAUUUCCUCAGCCUGGUGUCAGAGUAGAGGGUGCAACACUGCAGUUUCUGAGCAUGAGCUCUGACCUGAAUGGCCUCUACCAGUGUGAAGCAUCUAACCUGUAUGGAAAGGACAGUGGUUACCUCUAUGUGCAUAUGACUUCAGGAGCCUGCAGUGCUUGUUGGGCCUUAUUUAGCCUUUUGCUGAUUGCCAUUGUUGCUGCUGCUGCUGUAUGGUACCUUUAUAAAUCUGGGAAACUCACAAGGAUGCCAGGGGGCACACGUGAGGAGAUGCAAAAGGUCCGAAAAACCUCCAGCGGAUCUGAAGAACCUCAAAGAGUAGAAGAAGAAGUAGAAGAAGAAGCUGAUGAAACAGCAGUUGCGGUACAAGAGACACAGAGAUCUCGUUGACAACUGUGAAAGCAACAAGAAUUUGACUGCAAGCAAUUAACACACCUUAUUCCUGGCUCAGCUGAUUACUGAACAGAUGAAACAGUCCAGGUGCUGCAUAUAACUGUAUACUCUCAUCUUUAAACUGUGUAUUUACCACUAGAUUUCAUUGUGGAAUUUCUUUCUUGCUGUCAGCCUUUUUCAAGUACUCAUAUCCAGCACAAGAAAAAGGGAAAUAGAGACUGAAUGCCAGUGAAACCCUGGUUUGCUUUGCAUUUUCUCUUUGCAUUUCUCCCAGUGCCUGCAGCCUUCAUGUAACAUGUGGCAUGGAUAAUGGAUGGAUGGAUGGAUGGCUGAUUUUGAAAGGGGAAGUCUGGUGAACUUACUUUCACUGUUACUGCCUCUGCUCGCUUUAUAAACGACACACACCAAUGGCGCUAGACUCAUGUCCAUAUUUACACCAACAGCAUUAACUGCUGAUAAUAGCAGAUGAUCAUGCAGCACGUUUACAUUCACUGAAGAAACCAGGUUAAUUGUAGAAAACAGGUGACAGCAAAACAUUAAAUUGUUUUCAUACAAUGUGGAAAUUACUAAAUCAGAAUAUACAUGCAGCAGGUGGAACGAAACUAAGUGCAUUUACCCAAAUAUUGAACUUAAGUUCUUUUUUUUUUCUAUUUUUUAUAUUAUACUACUUUAUACUUCUACUUCACUACAUCCUAUAGGGAAAUAUGGAACUUUUUACUCCACUACAUUAAUUUGAAACCUAGUUACUUGUCACUUUUCAGAUUUUACAUAAAGGUUAUAUGAUAAGCUUAUGGAAUACAAUGCAUUGGUAAAUAAUAAAAACAAAAGGCAGUGUGGGUCCCUUGUCAUGUUUCAACUCAUGCUUGUGCAUUAGUUGUUAGGAAAGAGAUUUCUCAGAUAGUUCCACUUAAUUGAGAGUUUGAGGGGUAAUUAUCCAGAAUUCAUUCCCUUUUGUUCUACCCCACUGAUGAUCCCACAAAUCCCCCUCCUCCCUUUUGGAGGAGUCUGACCCUUGAUUACUACUGGACCAAACUAAAGUUGAAAAUUAACCUUGAUUAACCAAAGCAGUAUUAACAAUCUAAUAUUGUUAGAUAUUAUAACACAUCAGUCACAAUGGUCAUUUUUCUGUGAGAUGGGUAUUUUUACAUUUGACAUUACAAGUACAGGUAGCAGAUAAUACUUUUCUACUUCUACUACUAGUAUUAUUUCACUGUUGUGUUAAGGUCAGAGCACCACUGGUUACUAAAAUGUACAUUUAUGACUGUAAAAGAAAUCAGAUUACAGAAAACUGACUAUAACCUGGUUCUUUCAAUGCAUGUAAACAUACUGAUGGCCAAGACAUUGUUCAUGAGAAAUUUAAACAGAAAACUUAGAAAAUAGAAUGAAAGCCUGGUAAUAUUGUGGUUGUGAAGGCUCAACACUCAGAGAAGCAGUUUAAGAAGUGUAUUUGCCAAUUCAGCAACACGCACCCACAGAAAAUGCACUGUAAAUAAAGAAAACACAAGCAAAAGCAGAAAUUUCAUACAAAUAUAUCACCUGCAUCACUUUUCUUUUUUUUGUAAUUGCAGUGAUUCCAGUUUUUCCAGUUUUGUAGUGUAAUAAUACUAAUAAUACAACAACAAACAACAACAACAACAAUAAUAAUAAUAAUAAUAAUAAUAAUAAUAAUAAUAAUAGUACAGAAAAAAUAAAAAUGGUACACUUGUCUACACCAUUACAUCUGAAGACAUUUGGGGUGGUGUGGUGAUAUGGGUUAGUGUAGCGUUGUGUUAGUGCUGCCUAAGCACACAUUCAUCUGUAUAAAUAUUUUAGUCAUUGAUGUCACUCCAAAGGUGGGAUUACACUGGCCAUAAACAAUCAGUGCUAUGCGCUGCUAAAUUUCUGAACCUGUGAAGCAUGACUUUAAAUAUUCUGCUGCUACUAGGUUACCAUGUAAAGGCUGAAAUGGCAAAAAUGCCAUAAGACAGUAUGUCUUCUUUGGAAUUUCUUCAACUGUUUUAACAAGGUCGGGGAAAAAACAUGUUAUCUUUAUCAGUGUAUUACCUGUUGUAUUUUUAGUUCCUAAGUUGUGACUGGCAGCACGGUGGUGCAGUGGUUAGCACUGUUGCCUCACAGCAAGAAGGUUAUGGGUUCGCCCGGGCCUUUUCUGUGUGGAUUUUGCAUGUUCUCCCUGUGCCUGCGUAGGUUCUUUCUGGGUAGUCGGGCUUCCCCCCCACAGUCCAAAGACAUGCAGCUUAGGUUAACUAAAUCUAAAUUGUCCAUAAGUGUGAAUGUGAGUGUGACUGGUUGUUUGUCUAUAUGUGUUGGCCCUGCGAUGGACUGGCGAUCCAUACAGGGUGUGUACAUGCGUACAUGUUGUGACUGAAGUUCUGUGUCCCUGCAGAAAAUUAGUGUUCUGUUGUUUAAACAGUACUGCAUGUUCUUGUAAAUCUGUCCUGACAACCUGUUCCUACAAUUUUGCUGAUCAGUCUGACAAAGAAACACAUCUAGGUCCACACUGGGUAUGUGAAUGUUAGCUUGGUAGAGUGUGUGUUAUGGCUUGUCCGUAGUCAAAUCAAGUAUGGCCAGAUUAGCACCUCUGUGAGACAGCAUUACUGCAUGUUAAUAUCAGCAUGCUAACAUGUUCACAAUCAUAAGGUAAAUUUUGUGAAGUUUAGGAGGUACUGUUCGCCAUGUUGACCACCUUGCUUUAGCUUUAGCUUUAGAUAAUUAACAGUAGUCACAAAGCAUUAAGUGUUUGACUAGCCAAAAUUACAAUCCCCUCUGCUUCUAGUGCAGCUAAAAAUGAGUGGUUAUUUAGGGUAAACAAGUUAUAUUACAUUUGUAAUCAGUCUAAUUGUUGUUAAUUGACUAGCACCUAAAAUGUAUAAACCUGCUAAUAGCACUAGAGGAAACAUUAGGGGCCCACUAAAGUUAUUAAAAUACUUCAUCUGGGGACACCCAAGCUGGUGUAAAUCUAAGAAGCAGAGGUGACAUUUCACAUCACUAUUGGAACUAAAAAUAAAAAGUGAUUACCAUUCGUCCUCUUUAAAUCAGAGGACCACUAAAGACAAUGGGAUUCAUCAGUGUGUGUUCAUGGUAAUCUAACCACCAAGUGUUGGACUGACCAAAAUUUAGUUUUAGAUUUAGUCUUAGUCUUGAGAUUAGUCAAAUGCAUUUUAGUCAUAGUCAGACUCAUCCUUGGUAGCUUUAGUUAUACAAGCUGUGUGUUUUUAGAGCUGUAAACCUGAAAUCUUCAUGUUCAUGUGUUCUCUAAUCAGUGUGGUGUGUGGGUUAUAGAUCACUGACUCUUCUUUAAUAAUCUUCUUACACAGCCUUAAAUCAUUAAUGGAUAGGGUGUCAGUCAUUCAUUUUCAUUUAGGUUUUAGAAUAGAACAACCCUAAUUAAUGCUAUAUUUCUCACACUGUUGAUUUUUUUUUAUGACUUUUGUGUGCCUUCUCAUUUUUAGCUUUUUCAUUGCUUGUUUUAAAUUAUCUUCUGUUGACUAGACUAAUGUAGCCUUUACCUUACAAUUUAUUGUGAUUAAAAGAAAAAUAUUAAAAAUG